AUGCACUCCCGGUACCUUGUCUCUGGUCUUCCCAGGGUCCUCCCUCCCCUCCCACCCUCGCCUGCUCCUCCCUGUCUUCCCUGUGUCGAGGGGCGGCAGCGCGCCGCUCCUCACUCCUCCUCGUUUCCCCCGACGACUGCUCCCUUGCAGACGCUCCACAUGGACGUGUGGGGCCCAGCCCACGUCCGUGGUCAGGGUCAGGAGAGGUACUUCCUGAUAGUUGUUGACGACUACUCGCGCUACACCACGGUCUUCCCCUUGCGCACCAAGGGUGAGGUCCCUGAUGUUUUGAUCCCUUGGAUCCGCAGAGCUCGUCUCCAGCUCAGUGAGCGUUUCCACUCGGACUUUCCUGUCCUGCGCUUGCACUCUGACAGAGGUGGUGAGUUCUCCUCCGACCUCUUGGCAGCCUACUGUGCUGAGCACGGCAUUGAGCAGUCGUUCACGCUUCCGGCCUCUCCACAGCAGAAUGGGGUUGCGGAGCGCCGCAUUGGCCUAGUCAUGGAGGUCGCCCGUACCUCCUUGAUCCAUGCGGCUGCCCCCCACUUUCUGUGGCCGUUUGCGGUCCGGUACGCUGCGCAUCAGCUCAACCUCUGGCCCCGUGUCUCCUUGCCGGAGACCUCACCCACACUGCUGUGGACGGGGGAGGUUGGCGAUGCGUCGCGUUUCCGGGUUUGGGGAUCUCGAGCUUUUGUCCGCGAAACGACCGCGGACAAGCUCUCCUCCCGCGCUGUUCCCUGUGUCUUCCUUGGCUUUGUCCCUGACGCGUCUGGUUGGCAGUUUUACCACCCCACCUCGCGCCGGGUCCUGCCCUCUCAGGACGUCACUUUUGACGAGUCCGUCCCCUUCUACCGCGCCUUCCCCUACCGCACUGCCCCGCUCCCCCCCCUCGCCUCUGGUGCUGCUGUGGUAGACCCCCUCCCCCCUCAGGGUGCCGCUCCCUCAGGUGUGUCCCAGGUAGACCCGGUUGAGCCUGUUGAGGUAGCUGUUGACUCUCGUCCUGCUGCGGGUGCGGAGCCUGGGGGUGCGGAGCCUGAGGGUGCGGAGCCUGGGGGUGCGACCCUGGGGGUGCUGGGCCUGGGGGUGCGGAGGCUGCGGGUGCGGAGCCUGGGGGUGCGGAGUCUGGGGGUGCUGAGCCUGGGAUCCUACACCUGGAGGAGCUCUCUCUUCGGAGCAGCUGCGACUGGUGCUGGUGCCUCCCCUCCUCAGCGGGAGCUGCCCUCUCUUGAGCGGAUCCGUGAGUGGUACGAGCGGCGCUGCACUCUCCGGAGUGGCGCGCCUCGUGUCGCGGACCCUGGUGCUGGAGCUGCUGGAGGUGCUGCUGCUGGUGCUGGAGGCUCUACUGGUGCUGCUGGUGCUGCGGACCCUGGAGUUGGAGCUGCUGCUGGUGCUGCGGACCCUGGAGUUGUGGCUGCUGCUAGUCCUGAGGACCCUGGUGCUGGAGCUCCUGCUGGUGCUGCGGACCCUGGAGUUGGAGCCGCUGCUGUCUGA